AUGGACUACACCGACUGCUCGCAAGAGUUCACGCCCUGCCAGGGCGGCCGCAUGAACGUCGCCUGGACACAGUACCGCAAUGGCAGGAAGUUGGCCGACGGCGUGAAGGUCACUUGGUAGAUCAGGAUCUAGGGUCAUGUCUUUACUGCUUGUAUUUAGGGAAGCCCAGCCAGGCUCAUUUCACUUCUUGACUUCAGGGCCUCUUGAGGUCAUUCUUGUAGCAUUUGGCGGUUUACACUUGCAUAGUCAUGUUGGCGUUUUCGGAUCUGUAUACUUGCAUUUGCUUCACUCGAGUCUUUUUUUAUGGCAUUUUCAAAGUCAAUACGGCAUGAGUCGGGUGGGGAGACAUACAAGUUUUGCUCUCUAUACAUAUAACGCCUUUUCUAUGCUCUUUAUGUACAAUUACUUGAAUGUUAAGGAUCCACGGCAAUCCCUUCCACCCUUCUCUUUUCCUUGCUGCACUUAUUUCUUGGUCGUGUUGGCUUGCUUAUAUGUCGGGUCGACUCCUUAUCAGCUCCUCGUCGCUUCGCUCUAUGGAAUUGGCCACCGCAUGCCCGAUGCGUCAGUCACUAGUUUACGAGAAGCAAUGGUAUGGCCAUCCCAAGCAAAAAUUGUAUGGGAUCUUGCGUUACGAUUUGCGAGCAGUGAUCUGCUGCAUGCCCUCUAUCAUUGAGGGAUUAUAUAUCAUAGAUAGUUGUCUCUGUUUGCCUCUGACACAUGCAAUGUGACGCCCUGGUCUUCGUCUGGCCAGACCGGGAGUAGAGCGCUGGAAGCGUUCA